UGUCCGCAGUCUCUGGUCAUCUCCUGUACUAUGUCUGCAGUCUCUGGUCAUCUCCUGUACUAUGUCUGCAGUCUCUGGUCAUUUCCUGUACUAUGUCCGCAGUCUCUGGUCAUCUCCUGUACUAUGUCUGCAGUCUCUGGUCAUCUCCUGUACUGUGUCCGCAUCUCUGGUCAUCUCCUGCACUGUGUCCGCAGUCUCUGGUCAUCUCCUGCACUGUGUCCGCAGUCUCUGGCCAUCUCCUGUACUGUGUCCGCAGUCUCUGGUCAUCUCCUGUACUGUGUCCGCAGUCUCUGGUCAUCUCCUGUACUGUGUCCGCAGUCUCUGGUCAUC